CCCCUCAUGGAGCGGGUCCUGUUAACGAUCGACCAUAAAGAUUAUCUCGUGUCUUUUGGCUAAAUUAUAUAUUUACUAUAAAAUAACUAAUUUAUUGGCUCGAUUGACGAUUUGUGGUACAUUUUCACAAAUUCAAUGGCCAUUUUGUUGUUUUUGCUUUGAUAUUAAAUUCGCUUGUAUGUUAUUGCUCCUCUUUUGGUGUGUGCCUUUGCCUUCAUCCACAAACGACUACGACGACGACCAUUAUUAUUCAUUCAAUUGAUUUGCUUAAGUUUUUUCGUGCAACAAACAAAACAAAAUAGAAUUUUGUUUAAUAUCUCAAAGUGAAAAAUAAAACUUUAAUACAAGACAAAAAGGACAUCGCGUAUCCUUGGAGAAACAGACAGAAAAGUUGUAAUAAAAAAAAGGUUGCGAUGAAGACGAAGUAAAAACGAAAAACGAACAAGAAGAAAGAAAGGCAAAAGGAAUAUAGAAAAAGUUUUCCUAAACUGAUUUUGCAUUCUCUUUCGUAUUCUUGUUUCUUGUAGUGGGAUUUUCUUUCUUUUUUCUUUCCUUUCGUACAUUUCAUCACUAAAGAGGAACUACUGAUAAAAUAAAAAAAGAAAUAUCUGUCUGAAUUGAAUGAAUUCGGUUUCGGAUUGAUCUGCUUAAUGGCAAAGGUGGUGAAAAUCCUGCGGAAUGAACAUAAUCAACAAAUGAUAUUUAAAAAAUAAAUCUGUUCAUGAAGCAACGACAACCUGUGAGUAAGCAUUAAGGAAAUGUCCGCUCGAAAACCAUUGGCAAGGAUGGAAUCGUCUAUUACAACAGAAUCCUCUGAAAAGGAACAGUCAACUACAGAUACUCCUUUGGAUGCCGAAACAAAAGUAAAAACUUCUACCACAGAAAAUGGUGGAAAAUCAGAAAUUGAUAUAAAAUGUGAAAUGAAAGAAAUAGUAAUUAAACAAGAAAAACCAGAUGUCGAUGAAGUAAAGAGAGUUACUCGUAAUUCUCCAACUGUUCAAACUGCAUCGCCCUUCAAAAAGAACCCCAGUGACUCACAGGAACAAGAUUCAGCAACUGAAUCCAUUAAAAAUGAACCAGAUGAAGCAACGAAGGAAAAAAAAGAUAAACCUAUCACAUCACGUGGGCGACCAAGUAAAUCGUCAAGCCCAUCAAUAGCCCCAACAAAUAGGUUGACAAGAAAGUCAGCGAUGAAAGACUGGGCAGCAAAUACCAGAUUAACUCGGGCCAGACGAGUAAGUGCUGGAAUAACACCAAGACCAGAAACACCUCCCAGAAAAAAGAACGUUAGUAAAAAACAACAAGUUGAGCCGGCUGCCAAGAGAAAGCGUUCUAUUUCUCCGAAAAACCACUCUGAGGAACCAGAAGCCAAGAUAAUUAAAACAGAAGUUCCAGAAUUUGAUUUAGAUUCAAUAACUAUUAAGCAAGAGUUUUUGGAGAGCAGCGAAGAGAUGACUUCGGAUGUUGCUUCUGACAUUACGGACAUGUUUCCAGCAGAACCUUCAACAAGGAUCUCGCUUCGGGCGAGAAAAACUACCAUGUGCUAUUCCCCAACAACCAGAGUUACCCGAAAAGACAAAACAGAUACCAGGAAGAAAAGACAAAGUCGGGUUCGCCCAGAUGAAGACAGCAAAGAUUCUAUGGCGUCCUCGACUAUCGAAGAUGAUGCCACCGAGGCUACAAGUAGUAUUGGAGACAUAAGUUCUCUUUCUUCAAAAACAGAUGCGGUAGCAAAUGGCACAGAAAAUCUAACCGAUAUAUUACUGAACACUUCCAACCAAAUACCUGCCGCGGUGGAUGAUGCUAAAACUACAGAAAUGCAAACAGAUAGCAAUGAACCCACUAGUUCGGACCAAAAUGUGGAAGAAACACAAUCAACUGGUACAGAAGAUAACGCCACUGAAUCAAACGCUUCACAAUCUCUAUUAAACUCUGCAGAACAAAUUGAUAUUCCACUUAGUGUGGACACCACAGAAACACAAAAAGAAGAGAUACCUAGCACAAGUACUGGCGCUGGAACUUCAGAGCAAUCAAAUUCCUCUGACAAAUCGGCUUCUCUUAGUCCUGAAAUGGUGAGCGAAGGUGUCUGCGAAAUCAGUGUAAAACAGUUUUACAAAAAGCCCGAAUUUUUGGAAAAUAAUCUGGGCAUUGAAGAUGACCCAAAGUUGGGGGAAAUUGUUCAAAAUGUAGCCGAACGAAUGGACGAAACCGUUGAUCAAAGAAGUUUAUCCAAUGAUUCCAUUAAAGAAGGCGAACUUGUGUUCGAAGAUGAAGACGAAGAAGUUGAGAGCAUUGGAACGAUAAAAAAUGAUCAUGAAGAAGACGAUGAUGCAAAUAGCGUUAGCACUGGUUUUAUUUCUCCUCUGCUUGUCGAAGAGGAGGAGGAAGAAAAUGAAGAACAAACUUUUCUUAAUGGAGAAGAAAACUUUGAGGAAACAUCUGUGUCUGAAGACGUUUUACCUGAAGAAGAAGAUAAACAAACUUUAGAACCUGAAAAAUCAAAAAUUGAAGAGACCGAAGUUGAAGAAAUCAAAAUGAAAGAAUCAAAUUCAGAAGAGAUUGCACCUGCAGAAAUCGAAGCUAAGGUAAUAAUUUCCGAGGACAAGUUACCUGAAGUAUUAAAUGCUGAAGAUACAGGUUCUCAGGACAUUAAAACUUUAGAAUGUAAAGCUAAGGAUAUGGACUGUGUGGAGACGGAAACUAAAGAUAUUGAAACUGAAAAUAUCUCGAAGUCUCAAGUAGAGCCCCUAUGCAGUAUGGCUGUGGAAGAAGAAAAGACCAAAAUAUGUGAUAAGAGUGAUAUAAUAAAAGAUGAAAAAUCGAUAGAAGUUAAAAUAACAGUUGAUGAAAGUAAACCAGAACUUCCAAAGCAGGAGCAAAAACUUGAUGAAAAAAUGGAAGUUGAGGAACUUAAAAAUGUCGAAGUUGAUGAACUUAAAAAUGUUGAAGUUGAUGAACUUAAAAAUGUUGAAGUAAAUGAACCUAAAAGUGAUUUAAACGAGAACGAAGAAACCAAAAUUCCAAUUUACCAAGAAGAAAAUAAAGAAAACAUGGAGUUGUUAGGUGAAGCUGUUAAACCAGAAGAAUGCCAGGAAGAUUCAACCAAAAUGGUAGUUGAAAACGAAAGUUCGCCAGAAGAACAAGAAGAAUCUCCUUCGGAUUCUUCAAAAAAUUCAUCCCCAACAAAAACCGAAUUAGUUGAAUCCUCUGGAGAAGCCACAACAUCUUCGACUACAUCACCACAAUCAUCCAAAUCAUCGGGUGUUCCACGUACACCAGAGAAUGAUGAAAAACUUCGACAAAAAGAACGGCAUUUAAAAACCCUUGGUCUAUUAACCCACAAGGCUGCCGAUGAAGCAAUUAUGGCCAAGCAAAAACGACGCAAAUUUCUUCACAAUCUAAGCAACAAUAGUAGCUCGAGGAAGAAUGCAGUAAAUGCCUCAUCCAACUCAGGCAACUCGACGGCAGGUAACGGUCAAAACAAAUCCUCUCAAGAGUACACGGGCACACUCAAGACAAUAAUUAAAAUUAACCGUCAAUCAGGUGGUGGCAAUGGUAGUGUCAGUGAACCGAAGAAGGGUAAAAAUGGUGAUUCUAACUCGAAUAAGGCUAGUACAUCGGGGUAUAAUAAUCGUCGUCAAUCUUUAAAAAUGACAUUCCAAAAGGGGCGUGGUCGACCUGCGAACACAGAGAAAUGUGGAGAAAAUCCAUCUAACACAUCCGGAGAGGAGUCAUAUUAUACAAUUCAAAACGAGGCUGGAGGGGCAACAACAUCAACCGCAGCAGCAGCACCACCACCUGCCAAUGAAAACCCAGCUGCUGUACCAGCUACAUCGAAUCAAGGAAGGAAGUCAUACAAUAGGUCAAACACAUUGAAUACAACUGAUCCAACGCCACAAACCGACCACCAAGAAAAUCCAACAACAAGCAAAAAGGAUGAAAAAGAAGAGAUUCUCAUUCCGGAAAAAGCCUCUUCUUUCAAGUUUCAUCCAGGGCGGCUGUGCCAAGAUCAGUGCUAUUAUUGCAGUGGCAAGUUUGGACUUUACGAUACUCCUUGCCAUGUUGGACAAAUUAAAUCGGUGGAGCGGCAACAGAAAAUUCUUUCCAAUGAAGAAAAGCUUACAGUGGACAACUGCCUUUGCGACGCUUGUUUCCGUCACGUAGAUCGUCGCGCAAAUGUUCCUUCGUAUAAGAAGCGUCUAUCGGUACCAGGACGCAUUGAGACCACACCAUCAACAUCAUCAACAACUAGCGCAGCGACAACUACCAGUUCUGCUGCACCUAUGACAGACAAUCCUCCAGAGCAAGCGAAAGCUCAGCAGCUGCCAUCAAACUGCUCUGCUGCACACGUUUGUGCGGUACCUGAUUGUGGGAAGAAAGCGGCUCACUCGCUGCGUCGUAAGAGUAUAAGGAAGAGCAUAAAAAAAUCUUUAUUGAACUUCGAUAUGUCGGCGACCGGAACUUACUUAUACUUAUGUGAUAAGCACUAUGAAGCUGUUAUGCAAAGCACUGGAUGUGUGUUAUGCAAACGUCGUCUGGGCAAGAAUAAUAUGUAUCACAUAACAACGGACACUGAUCGACUUGAAAAAGCCCUUGCAGACAUGGGAAUACCAGUGACAAUGGGUCAAUGUACAGCUGUCUGUAAAUUAUGCCGAUACUUUGCAAACUUGUUAAUGAAACCACCUGAACACGGAAAGGUUCAAAAGAUCGAGUUUGUUAAAAACUAUCGUAAAAGACUUCUCCAAUUCUACAACAUUCACGAUAAAAAGGACACUUCGCAAGAUGAAGACAAAGACACAGAUAAAGAGAAAUCAGCGAAGAAACAAAAAACCUGCUCGACGGCUGUAAAUCAAGAGGAACCAAUAGAAACAAUCGAGUUGCCUCCAUCACCAACACAUUCAACAGGUUCAUCAGUAGAAAUGAUAAGCGAUGGAGGUCUUUUUAGUGGCGAUGAAAGUUCAACAGCAAAAAAACCUUCUGCUUCGGCAUCAAAUUCAGCUAGCAAUCAAAUGGUAUUGGAUAAUGAUGUCUUAGUAGACUAUGAUGUACCAAUGAUAUCAGAUACAUCCUCAACUGGAUCCUCAAAUUCGACAUCUCCUUCGCCACAGAAAAGCAGCAAGCAAGCUAAAGACCAACAAUCUAAGCUCAAGGCUAUUUUGCAAAGCGUUGGGACAUCGUUGGAAGACAGAAAUGACAUCUCAACUGCCCUGCGCUCUAAUCCAAACAUAUCAAUGCGAGAACUGUUCCCCGGAGAGGAAGACCUCGGUCUACAAUUCAAAGCACCCUUUGGGGGAAGAUCCUCACAGAGGACACCUGAAGGUUGGACACGUAUCAACACAUUCCUGCAAUACGAUGAGCCAACUCGACGCCUGUGGGAAGAUCUGCAAAAACCCUAUGGCAAUCAGUCAAGUUUUUUGCGGCAUCUUAUUCUUCUGGAGAAAUAUUAUCGCAAUGGUGAUUUGAUUUUAUCAUCAAAUGCUAGCUCCAAUGCAACCGUAUACACUCAAACGGUACGAAAUCGUCUAACCUCAUUCGAUAGUCGCAGUAGUUCUCCAUCAUCAGCAAAAGAACAUGAAAGUCGACCGCGAAGUUUGUCAGUUGAUAAAAUUCAAAGGCAACUUAGCUCGAACUCGGUAACUAUCAUUGCCCGCCCAAAGGAUCAACCGAAGGAACCUGAAAUAGCCAAACAAAAGGAUUCAAACCCCAGUGCUCCUUUAACUGUUUCUGCCUCAUCUGUACCGAACAGUCGAAGUAUUCUUAAGGCAAAUCUAGGUGUACCAAAAGGAAACAGUUCUAUUGAGAUUGUUUCAUUGAAUUCCACACCAAGCUCCCAAUCCAAUUCACCUCAAUCACCUAAUCGGUCGGGCUCAACCACACCGAACGAAGGAACUAUGUUGACAAAGCAGCAAAAGAUUCUGGCAGCUGCCAACAAACUAAUGAGUAACAAACGUGAUGCUUCUCCCACUCACAAAAAGCCAUCGUUUAACACAACUCCACCAGAGUUAAUAAGCUUAAAUAAGCGACCUGCACCUCCUGCUUCCAGCUUACAACAACAAAUGAAGCGACCACUGCUGCCAAAACCAAUGAAACCGCUUCCACCAAAUGUGGUGGUUCUACCAGAGACUCUUACAGCUCAGGAGAGACUCGAAAGCAAAAGUUGGCGACCAACACUCUUGCCUGUCACAACUUCACAUCAUAUAAACAACCAGCAGGGUCCGCUUUAUCAGACUGCAGAUGGAAGGCGUUUGCCUGCCCUCGUACAAGUGCAAUCUGGCGGAAGACCUUUCUUAAUUUCGAUUCAUGACUACAAUCGAAUGUGCAUUUUGCGAAGAGAGAAACUAAUGCGUGAUCAAAUGCUCAAAGGAAGUAAAGGCAAACUCAAGGGACCCAUCUUUCCGCCGGCAACUUGUCCGCCGAAUACCAAUAUCGGAAAACAACCAGAAUCAAAUCCUGCCUUGAUGUCGUUCAACAAGACAAUGCAAGCUGUGACUGCAGCUGAAAAUGCAGCAAAAAAACAACGCCUUCUGUUAGGCAAAUCGACAACAGUUUACGCCCCCAUCGCCCCUAAACCCAUACAAACUUCAACCACAACAACCGCAUUGGCGAGUGCUACGAUCACAUCACAAACACAAUCUCAAUCGCUUGUAAAACCCACAGGCGUCAGUGUGAAGCCAAUAAGUUUACUCUCCUCCACUCCACCAACUAAUUUAUCGCUUCAUCAAAGUUUAACGGGACAAGCUCUGCCACUUUUAAAACCCAGCAAUACGGCCACACUAACUGGAGUUCCUACAAAUUCCUGGUUGUGGAACAACUUCCCCGACCCAAAUCAAAUGCUGAUUAAUGGAAAAUCAACAGCAACAACAACAUCAACCUCGAAGGGACCACAAGCAACAUUCACAGCAAUGAAACAGCAAUCGCUAUUGUUGGACAAUAGCCUGAUGUCUAAAAUACCGAAAUCGUUAACGGUUAUACCGCAACAUAAACUAAUGCCAGCACAUCCACAAACUGGACAUAAUAUAUCUGGCGGAAGUAUCACAAAAUCAAAAGAAUGAAUUUGAAAAAAAAAAUUAAUUAUUAGUGCCUAUACACACAAAAUAACAAAAAAAGAAAAUAGGACUAAGCAAAAGUGUGUGGGAAAAAAAAACAGGUGAAUAAUUUUU